ACCCAACAUGUUCAUGGCCGCGUUGAGGAGCUCGUGUCUCUCUCGCUUUCUUCUUCCUUCCUUCCUUCCGUCUUCCUUGUCCCUCCCUUAUUAAACGACCGAAGGCCGCCCCCGACAUAGUGAUCCGAACCUCAAGUCAAUCCUCCUCGUCAUCCUGAUCAGACGACAAGACAUGGGUGUCGAUCUUGAAUCUCUAUCCGAGGCGACCUCGGGUGCAAUAGGAUCUCUGCUCAGCACCACCAUCCUCUACCCUCUCGACACCUGUAAGACCAAGUACCAGGCCGAGGUUCGAGUUGCCCACGGCCAGCAGAAAUACAGGAAUCUAUCUGAUGUUCUGAAGGAGGCUAUAUCAAACCGUCAAGUUCUUUCACUAUACCAGGGCCUGGGGACCAAAAACCUUCAAUCAUUUAUCGCUCAAUUCGUUUAUUUCUAUGGAUACAGCUACUUCAAAAGAUUGUAUCUUGAAAAGAGUGGUUCUAAGUCAGUUGGAACAAAAGCAAACUUGCUUCUAGCUGCUGCUGCUGGGGCUUGCACUGCCAUUGUAACUCAGCCCCUUGAUACAGCUUCUGCGAGGAUGCAAACUAGCGAGUUUGGAAAAUCAAAGAGCCUCUGGAGGACUCUUACAGAGGGAAGCUGGCAUGAUGCCUUCGAUGGACUUGGAAUCAAUCUUCUGCUGACUUCAAAUCCUGCUAUACAGUACACAGUAUUCGAUCAGCUGAAAUUGCGACUUCUGAAAAGAAAUCAAAAUGAAGGGGACAAGGGUUCCUCCCCAGUGGCCCUGUCCGCAUUUUCAGCUUUCAUGUUGGGUGCUAUUUCGAAGACCAUUGCCACCAUUUUGACAUACCCUGCUAUCAGGUGUAAGAUCAUGAUUCAAGCUGCAGAGUCGGCUGAGGGAAAGGACAAGAAAGCCCGACCAUCCAAAACCCGUAAGAGCAUCCCGCAGGUGGCACUCUGGAUCAUGAAAGGAGAGGGACCGCUGGGAUUCUUCAAGGGACUGCGAGCGCAGAUCCUGAAAACGGUGCUUAGUUCCGCCUUGCUUCUGAUGAUCAAGGAGAAGAUCAACGCAACAACAUGGGUUCUGAUCCUUGCGGUCCAAAAGUCUCUGCUGCUCACCAGGGCCAGUAGUAGAAGACUAAAGGGUGCCUGAUAGUGUGGUAAUGUGGACGGCAAUAUGUACUAUGAAUCGCAUACAUGUUGUUGUUCGAAAGCUGUGGUAUAGGACUGCGCAGGAUGUGAGGGAGCUUUGGGAUGACCCAUGAUGGGUUGGCUCAUGUUGAUAAGUGGUACCAUAAGGGAAUAGUUGGAAUGUGGGGUUCUUUCGGUUGCUCUGAGGGGAUAAUAAUGUGUCCCUUAUGCUUAUUUGUUGUAAAAUCUCAAUAAGGGUGAACCAACUGCGCAAUUUUGGAGUCAACGAAUGAAAAAUUUCAAAUAAAAUUUUAGAAAAAUUAUCAAAUUUU